AGUUCGGGCUCUUGAAAACAGUUCUUCAGUGUAUGAAGACACUGAUAAUCUUCAAUGCUUUGAGUUUGUCCCCUUUAUUAGUAAUGGCUUUACGUAUCCAGAUGGCACAGGGCUCAUGCAAUUGACUCGUUUUGAUAAUGCUACGUUUCAAACCGAAAAUAAUUUGUAUAUUCGUCUGCUACAUCCAAAUGGCACGUUGACCAAAUUCACUGUGCCAACGUACAAUUCUACUAAAUACCGACCGCAAGCUUUCCCACUUAAUGACGGAUAUGUGUUAGUAAUGCAGGCAAAUGACGACCAAAUUAUACAUGGAAUGUUGGUUAAUUGGAGUGGCCAGAUAUUACAAAGCGAUGUGAUGCUUACCGAUGGCCCUAUCGACAACGCUUCCAGGCUUAGACUACUCGUAAAGGCUAAUGUCGAUCCAGACAAGGACUUUCUUGUAACGAUAGGAUUUCAGUGGAAAAUUUUUAGCGCACCCGAUAUCACGGGACAAAUAACACAAUUGUACAAAGGCAGUAUCACGAGACAUGAUGGCAACUGGCUGGGGGAUUACUCAAUUUUCCCUACCACGGAAGGCGGUUAUGGCAUAGCCGUUUUAGAAAAAUUACUUUUUGGUCAAGUUAAAGAUCCACUCGUCUCUAAAUUAUUCCACUAUUCUCCGCAAUGGUUUUUAUAUGUUAGAUUCUGGCAACCUGAUACUUUACAAUUCGACACGCCUCAUUUAGUCUGGCAGAACCCCAUCCCAUACUAUUCCAUUCAGAUAGAAGGGUGCGAAGUGGCCGCUGAGGGGACAGGAUAUUUUUGUAUUCUAGAAGUUCCUAAUACCCGUGAUUAUGUGAGAGUGGGAUUUCUAUCUAGUGGUUCUGUAACUGACGUCAACGUGAUAUCAGAUGAUACAGAGAACAUUGAAAAGAUUAUAAAUGGAAUACGACCGCUGCCUUGCUAA